AUGAGUAGAAAGUCUGAUGAGCAAAGCGUCACAAAUUCAACAAUCGUUGAAACUUAUCGGGUUGAUAAAAAGCCUGUAAAGGGAGCAAAAACAUCUUCGUCACAUUCAUCAAAAGAAGAUAUGUCACUGAAAACGUAUUUAAAACGAGCAAAGAGUAUUGAGAAUGUUUUACGAAGGAUCAAAUCCAAAUUACAUGCUCGUCUAAUUGAUAAUGUCAUUGAUUUUAUUCGUCAAAAUGAACUAUUUCGUCAUAAUCAUAAAUGUUUUGAACAUAUUCCCACUGCAACUCUAGUAAUGGGCACAAAUAUAUCUGAUCAUAUCCAAUUAUUCUAUGAACUAAAUGAUCAAAUACAUUUAGAGUUCAAUAGUGUAUUGGUCACGUUAAAUGAAGCAGAUUGUGUUUCAGUGGGAAAAAUUUUGACCACAACAAAAUGUGCUUUGAAUGAGUUUUAUCCAGACGAUGAAGACGAUUUAUAUUUUAGAUUUAGUAAAUUUAUCUCAUUCUAUCAACAACUUGAUGAAACCAAAAAGCGAUCUUUAAUAUUCAUUAUUCCUGAAUUUGAAUCGAUCAGUCUAACCAUAUUUGAAAAUUUUGUUACAUUACUUGGUUUACAAAUAAAAUCAAUAUCAAUUUUAUUGAUAGUUGGUUUUCGUGGUGGUAACAAUUCAUUGCAACGUUUAGUAUCAAGUCGUAUAUCAUCGGUAUUGUCCAUUGACAAAAUACAAAAUUCAAGUCCGAGAAAAUAUUUUGAACACAUCAUUAAAGCAUUAUUUUUAUCGGAAGAAACGUACAUGUCGAUCACUAGUGAACAAUUUAAAUUUUUAGAAAAUGGUUAUUUGGAAAACUUUUCAUUAACAUGGCUUGAACAUACAUUAAAGUAUAUCUUAUUUUUAUCUCAACAACAACAACAACUUCUUUCUGCAUCAGUGCAAACAUUCGACACGUGUUUAUUUAAUGCAUUAUUUAUUGCUUGUGACAAACUACCAAAUUAUCCUUUAGGACGAACACGAUCAUCAUUCUAUUAUCUCUAUUUAUCAUCUUAUUUAAAUAGUGACAAGUUUUUAAAUGAAUUGGUGUUGUCUAUUAAUUCAGCUACAUAUCAUCAAUUAGAUUUAUGUCUAAAAGUGUUCAUAGAACAUGCGUGUUAUUCUAAACUUUCUAAUUGUCAACAAUUUGUUCAAUAUGCACAUAAUAUUUUAGAAUCAAUUGUUGACAAUGCAGAUGAUGAUGAUACAGUAACAAAAUGUAUUACAUUACGUUCAUUGAUAGAUAAAAAAUUAUCAAAAUAUAGAGAGAAAGUUUAUCAAUGGAUUAAACAAAUUUGUAAAACAUUUGAACAAGAACAGAAUGAUUAUUCGGAUAAGACAGGCAUAUUGAAUGAACGUCUAAUGCCAAUAACGCGAGCAAAUUUUAUUAAGGAGCUAAUGGAAAUGAAGUUCUGGAAUCCGGUGAAUAAUAUGACGUAUGACACACCCGAUUUAGCUCGUUUAUAUCAGACAUAUUCCGAAUGUGGAACAAAAAUUUCACUCGUUCACUGGUUUGAAUCAUUUGCUGCACGAUUUGUUCACGGUUUGGUUGAGCUUGAAUAUCUUGGAUUUACAAAAGCAUCAAUACAACGUUCAUCUCACGCAACAAAAUUGAUAUGGGACAGUUGA